GUGAGUGAAGAAUUGUUCACGGUACUGACUAUACGGACAACGUAAAAAUUGUCAACAAAUUUUGUGAAGAUGAUAAACAAACAAUAACUGCCGUCAACAUCUGUAGAAUCAAAUUGCAUCCAAAUAUUUGCCGAACUCGCAAUAAAUAAUAAAACAAAUUAGUAAAAACUACAAAUAAUUAUUAUGACUGGUCAUCGUGCACUUGAAGACUCGGAUUUGGCUUUAAUUAGCCGUGUGAAAGUGACACCUUCUUUGUAUGAUCCCAGAAAUCCCGAUUUCCGUUUAGCUUAUCGCAAAGAGCAAGAAUGGGAAAUAGUUGGAAGUAUGGUUGGAAUGACAGCGUCGGAAGCAAGACGACGCUGGACUUGUCUACGUGAUCGAUAUUCUCGUGAACUGAAGCAGUUGCGUUUGCAUCCGGAGAAGAAUGAAUAUGGAAAUAAUCCAUUUUUUCGCCAGAUGGAUUUUCUAAGGCGAUAUGUUCGCAAACGGAGAAACCGUCGACGAAAUGGUUUUAUUGAAUUUGAGAAUCAGUUUGCCAGUAUCCAGAAGCAAAACAAUGAAGAAAACACCGUACAGUACCAGAAUAGAGCAGAUAUUACUGAAGUAGAUGAAGAGGAUGAUUAUAAUUUAGAAAACUAUGAUGGACAAUCGGACACAUAUGCAAGUAAAGUAGAUGAUACCACAAUGGAGUCUAACGAUUAUCCAGAAUUUGUAGAUGUGGACGCAGGUGAAGAAGUUUAUGAAGAGUGCGUCGAAACACCAAAUUCAGAAGGAAAAGGCCAUCAAUCAACCAGCAAUGCAAGUAUCAAUGUUGGCACGAAACCAAUUAAUGCCACGAUAAUGCCGAUAAAUAUGCCACAGCAAAAUGUAAACCGCACGGUGUACACCAUUUCCUCUGGUCAAACUCAUCAUAAUGCACCAACUACCAAAUCGGAUACUGCUCCAUCGUCACACUCCACUGCAUACAAACAACAACAAAACCAUAGUUCAUAUGCUACACUACAAUAUCGGUCUCCUCAUGAUAUAAAAACUCCAUCACCGCCUCAUGUAUAUUCAAAUCAAACAGUAGCUGAAACUGAAGAUGAUCUUUUUGGUAAAUCCAUAGCUGUGUACUUAAAACAAUUGUCCCGGCGACACAAAAUAAAAGCACAAGUAGAGAUGUUUCAAAUACUUGAAAAGUAUAUUGAAUUAGAAGAAAGUGCGAAAACCCGGAUAUUAAAUAUCAAUGAGAUGAAUACUAAAAAUGGAUAGGAAGCUAUUAGCUGAUUUAAGUGUAAUAUAUGUAUGUGCAUGUAUAGAUUAUCUACAUACAUAUAUACCUACUUACGAUUUUUUUUAACAAAUUCUCUUAAUACCUCUACUUGAUAUUUUAUUAUCGUAAUUUUGGAUAAAUAUUAGUUAAUUAUUUCAUGUUGAAUUGGUGGUUAAGAUAAAAUAAGAAUGAAUAGUUGAAUAAAAUCAUAUUUUACGUCAUAAUAAACCGAAGUGUUUGCUAACGAUCAUUUCAA